CUUAUUCCUGCGCAUGCGCGGUUGUCGAUCUUUGCAGGAAGCGAACUGUGACGCAUGAUGGGAACCAAGAGUGGGAGUUAAAAGUUUACAAAGCGACAACAAAAGAAUGUAGCUAAACUCCGGGAAUUUGCAGAGUAUCCGACAGAAAAGGAAUGGACCCGCUGGAGUGUCCAAACGAAGGCCUGGAAGAGACGAGAUGUCGUCCCGACAGCAGACAAGUCUCCAACAACAGCAAUUGUUGCAAGGUGCACCUUGAAGUCACCGCCGCGUCAUGCCCGCAGUCUGUCGCUGUGUCUCCAUGUGUGCGUGUCACGUGUCUCGAUGCAGACGGUGAGUCCCGCCGCAGGGGAACACCCCCUCCAGUACAACUACACUUUCUGGUACAGUCGAAGAACACCGAGUCGUCCCGCGAGCACGCAGAGUUACGAGCAAAACAUCCGACGGAUUGGCACUGUGGCAUCGGUGGAGCAGUUCUGGAAGUUCUACAGUCAUCUGGUGCGUCCAGGAGAGCUGAGUGGACACAGCGACUUCCACUUGUUCAAGGAGGGCAUCAAGCCUAUGUGGGAGGGUCCGUGUCGUCCUCUCAGGACGAGUACAACCGCAGCGGGGGCAAGUGGAUCAUCCGGCUUCGGAAAGGGCUAGCGAGCCGAUUUUGGGAGAACAUCAUUCUCGCCAUGGUGGGGGAGCAGUUCAUGGUGGGGGAGGAAAUCUGCGGCGCCGUCGUAUCGAUACGCUUCCAGGAGGACUUCCUUUCAAUCUGGAACAGGACGUCCAGUGAUCACAUCACAACGUCCAGAAUCAGAGACACUUUAAGACGGGUUCUCAACCUUCCUGCCAACACCAUCAUGGAGUACAAGACUCACAAUGACAGCCUCAGGGACAACUCCAGCUUCAGAAACACAAAAAUGUCCUUAUGACGGUCGUGGCUGCCGGCUCUGCUGUCCACUCGCAGAAUGCAACGCCCCUCGCCAUGCUCUUGAGUUAUUUGAGGUCACAUCGCAACAGAAGUGUGUGUGUGUGUGUGUGUGUGUGUGUCCGCACGGUGAACCGAUUAAAGCCAGUUGAAGUCA